GCUGAAGGGAAGAACUAUUUUGAAAUCCCUUUCGGGUAUAUAUUCGAUUUAGCUACUUUCGUAAAUGGGCAUAGAAACCUGUUCAAAAUAUCCAAAAAGUUCAAUAAUGCAAAGAAAAGGACUCCUCUCUGCAAUUAUCCUACGAAUCCUACGAUCUUGGAAUACUGGAACAGUAGUACCGAAGAAAGUUCUAUAGUUGGAGCUGAUAUUAUGUCAUUAGUGAAUGAUAUGAUUGUUAGAAAGGGUGCAUACUCAACUUAUACGAACAAGAUUGGGCAAAUUUUCCAGGUCAACCUUAUUGAACCUAUGCUUAGUGCCAAUUCCAAUAUCAAUGCUAGUCCCUUGAUAAUUGAUUGCCUCGAAAGUGUCUACGAAAGAUACAACAGUAUGAAAGCAACAAAAAUAUUUGAUCCUACAAGCAUUAAUGUUUCAGACCCAUUUCCAAACUUGCUGGAUGUGUUAAAUAAGGAUGCAAGUGCCCCCUCAACUUCAAACAUAAUUGCUAUUCCUUCUAAACUCGAUGAAUCUGACUUAGAGAACUUAAAUAAUAUAAAAUUAUUAGUGACAUAUAUUUCCAUGUUAAGCUCCAUUGACGUCUACAAUAAGAAAUCUGAAUGGGAUAUCACAAAUGUUAAUGAAGUUUUAGACCACAUGAACAAGAUGGCAAACUCCACCUUUCUGUACAUUACACGGAAUUUAACAACAAUUUUGACCCAAGA